AUGGCCGGUCCAACUUUCUCCGGUCUCCUCGCCUACGUACGCCAUACAGUCGAGCAUCCUCCUCUGCCCCACCCUCCCCCACAACACCCGCGAACGCACCCGCUUCCUCACCGAAGCUCGGAUGGAUGGACCGCACACGCCGGCGCACAUCUCUUCACCCCACCCCACCGACUGGGCCGCCGCCGGGGCAUCCUAGCCACGCAUCUCGGCACGCGGCCGCCUCGGCGCGCGCUCCCUCCUCCCCCUCCCCCUCCCCCCGUCCUCCUCGUCCUCCUCGUCCUCAUCGCCAUCUGCCUGCCUGCAGCUAGUGCGGUCGGCCGGCUGGACUGGAUCGUCGAGCGCGCGGCGGCGGCGGACCGCUACCUCGCCCUCUUCUUCCCGGCCGUCGGCACCAGCUUCCCCGGUAACCCCGACGGGCUUGCUUUGGCGAACGGGGCUGGCGUUUACAUAUGGUCGCCCGGGUCCGUGUUGCUGGCGAGCGGGUUUGAUGCGGGGGGGGUGUUGGUGUGGGGGGAUGGGUUGCAGUGCAAGGUGGGGCGCGGGGGGAUGGCGGAGGAGGAGGAGGAGGAGGAGGGGGAGCAGGAGGAGGAGGAGGAGGAGAGGGCGAGGUUGGAUGAGGUGCGGUUUAGGUCGCAGAAGCCUUUACUCGACGAAUUGGCCAAUCGUAAGGCGGCAAACAGUCCGCCCGUUGGACGUCAGAUUAUUCCCUAUCGUUGCGGCGGGGGAGGAAAUGAGCAGUGA